AGUGGAUGUACGGAUUAGUUAGCGUGCCAAGGCCUUUCAGGUUUCGUGCAUCCGGGCGAAAUAAAUUCCAUCCAUCCAUCCAUCCAAACACUCCGAAUAACAACAGCAGAGAUGAUUGACGUCACAACACGACACACACGAGGCCUGAGCGUUGGUUUCACAUGCAACAGCGCAACGGUCAACGCGCACAUAAACAGCAAUUCUCCAUCCGGAUGGAGCUGUUGAUCACUUGGUUUUUUGAAUAUCCGUCAGAUUUCAAACACAGGCCGCAUUUUGGCAGUGCGAGAAGGUGAUCUGUCGGCGGACAAUUCCACUCCUCGCUCGGAAACUCAGCGUCCUAGUAUCACCUCACUCAAGAUCUUUGACAUUACAAACCGGGAAAACCAACACUUAAACCCAUCGCCAGCGUCAACAUGGGCAAGAAAUCCUCUGCCCGCUCCUCGGGCCGGCCCAACCCAAAGUCAAAUCAGGAGUCCAGUCCAAUGACCAGCGCUUUGAACGAAGACGGAGACGCCCCGCCCUUUGACCUCGCAGUCAGCAGGUGCCCGCAAACCGCCGAACGCCACCAAGCCCUCGACACUGACUCCGUUAUUUCCAAACCGGCCAUUGCCCGGGCCAAUCUCGCCGUGACCACUUCGGCGCCAGACGGCAGUCCCGAGUCCAAGACGCCGGAGAUAAAAGACUAUACGGUCCUGCAACAACACGUCCUGUUUUGGGACCGCGAUGGCGACGGCGAGAUCUACCCCUGGGACACGUACAUUGGAUUCCGGGACUUGGGGUUCAGUGUCCUGUUUUCGCUGUUCUCUAUGAUGAAUAUCAACUCCACUCUCUCGUACCCGACGCGCCUGGCCGUGUCAUGGUGGCCGGAUCCCUGGUUCAGGAUUUAUGUGAAGGGGAUUCCUAAGGCCAAGCACGGUUCGGACACGGGCGUGUACGACAGAGAGGGCAGAUUCGUGCCGCAGCUGUUUGAGGACAUGUUCUCAAAGUGGGAUGUUCACGGUUCGGGGUCCCUGUCGGCGGGCGAGCUGUGGAACAUGAUCAGGGCGAAUCGGCUGGCGGCCGAUCCGUUUGGCUGGGGAGCUGCCUUCCUCGAGUGGGGCACCACCUGGCUCAUGACACAGAAAGAUGGGCGGGUCUCCAAGGAGGAUCUGCGGCAGACGUACGAUGGCACCAUAUUCUGGAAGAUCAAGGAGGCCAGGGAGCAGGGCAAGGGCUGGAACAAGGGGUUUGGACUACGAGAUUUCGUUGAUCUUACCCGACGCCAGAGCAAAGCACACGUCAUGUAAUGACAUGAGCGAGACGAGGGUACAAUGAGCCGCCAGCACCAGACUGCAGACGGAGGUCAGUGAUGAGAUCCUGGCCCAGACCUCAAACCACUUAUUGUAUCUUGCGAAGAAAGAGUCCCGCGGGUUCCGAGUACACCAGACGCCGCCCAGUUACCCUAAGUAAAUCUAAUGACAUACGGGCAUGGAGUCUCUCCGAACGCAGAGAUACGGAGAGCCAUGACCCUGUUGAGAUCGUCAUUCGGAGCGUUCCACAUCAUAUCACCGCCGUCUUCCAUGACGAGCCCCACGUGGUG